UUUCAUUCAGAGCAGACUUCCCUCCGUUAUUUACUUCCGAAUGUGACCUUCUUUCUCUUCCGGUUGUUGUCCAUUCGUGUGUCAGUAGGUAAACAGGAGUCACAAUGGCAAAGUCGAAGAACCACACGACACAUAACCAGUCUCGUAAAGCCCAUAGGAAUGGCAUCAAGAAGCCCAGAUCCCACCGCUAUGAGUCCCUGAAGGGGUUGGACCCCAAGUUCCUGAGAAACAUGCGCUUUGCCAAGAAGCACAACAAGAAAGGCUUGAAGACGAUCAGGAAAGCCGCAGCCGCCCCAGCUGUCGCUCAGAAAUGAUCUGUCUGCUCGUCUUGCCGCAACGCCUUCAGUUUUCAUCACAAUAAAGCAAUGCUUUGUUAACAAACA